AACUAAUGUUAGGUUUUGUGGUUGUUCAUUUGCGUCCAAGUCAACGGGCUUUCGUCUUGGUUGACAAGAGUAAGUAGAGAAGCAGUCAGUGUUGACGGGAUGUAGUUUUAAUUGUCUGGAAGUAGGAAGAAGGCAUUAUACUUGGUAAUUGAAUGUAAAGGAAAGUGUUUUGCAUUUUUCGAGUUCUGGAAUUGCCCAACAAGGCAAGACAUUUUCAAGGCCAGGUUGAGAAUCAUGCUGAAGGAUAAUUCCCCAUCGUUGGAUACCUGAAUGUAAUGACUGUCUUUUUGGCAUUUUCUUUUCACUGUUCUAAAAGAUUACUGACUGUCAGCUAGGAAAAGAUGUUGAAUUUGCACAAGAAUGUUAAAUGCCCCAAUUUAUCGAAAUGAUUACCUGACGGCGGAUGUUAAAUUGGUUUUGAAAUGAUUGAUUGACAAAACAAAUGUGCUGGAAACAAACUGGCAAUAAACAUGAAUUGUAGUGCAAUCUAUUUUAUUUUUGCUGCGUUAUUGUGUUUUGUACCGGUAUUCGCUGUCGAAUAUUUCUCUGUAAGGGAAGAGCAAAAAGCUGGGACAUUCGUUGGGAAUAUUACCACAAGGAAUAGUUUCAAAUAUUAUUUUGGAGGGCAAGUUGAUUACUUUCAGAUAAACCCAAACUAUGGCUCUAUUUCAACAAGUGCUAAAAUCGACCGUGAAACUUUAGGAGCAGAUGAAUUAAGAUAUGUUGUUUUAAGCUCAGCUCCUGUUUAUGCCACGGAAGUUGUGAUCAGGGUCAUAGACAUAAAUGACAAUGCUCCUAAAUUCAAAAUUCCAGUUGUCAACUUGAAAAUUGCUGAAUCUGUUGAAGCUGGUUCAUUAAUUCCAAUUGACAGUGCAUUUGACCCUGAUGCUGGCUCAAAUAGUGUCUUGAACUAUUCAAUUUUAAAUGGCAAUGAACUGAACAUAUUUGGUGUUGAAGUGAUUUUAAACUUGCUUCAUUUGAAACUGAAACAGAAGCUGGACAGGGAAGUAGAAGAUUCAUAUUAUCUUAAUAUUUCUGCAGCUGAUAAUGGGGUGCCUAGUUUAAUUGGACAUGUUGGAAUUAAUAUUACAGUUGAGGAUAUAAAUGAUAACACACCAUUAUUCAAUCCUACCUCUUACAAAGCUGAAAUAUUUGAAAAUGCAACAGUUGGUACAACUCUGCUCCAGUUAAGAGCAACAGAUCAGGACACAGGAACCAAUGGGCAGAUCAAAUACUCAUUGCAAGAUGCAAGCAUGUUUUUGGUGGGUAGAGAAACAGGCAUAAUAUCUCUCAAGGGUAUACUUGAUUAUGAGACUACAAAAUCAUACACAUUGAAGGUCAAAGCUUCUGAUGGAGGGAAUCCAGCAUUUACUGCUGUUGCCACUGUGGCAGUUGCUGUAAAAGAUGUUAAUGACAACCAUCCUAUAAUAAGCUCAAACCAAAGAAAAAAUAUCACCCUUGUUGAAAAUUUUAAUCACGAUAAUUUCUUCUUCAUAGAACUUUCUGAUAAAGAUUUUGGGCCAGUUCUAUUAUCAAUAGUCUCUGGAGAUAUCAACAACAAGUUUAAAAUAACAUCAGCUGGAAACGGUUACCGUUUUCUUUCAACAAAUACUCAACUUGACAGGGAAAAACAAAGUAGCUUUUCUCUGUUACUCAGGGCAACAGAUUCUGGCAAUCCAUCUUUACAUUCAGAUUUUGUUCUUGUUAUCAAUGUUGGAGACACUAAUGAUAACCAUCCCACUUUCGAGAGAAGUACAUAUACAUCUAGAAUCAAGGAGGGUUGUCCUUCUGGUACCUAUGUUGGUUAUGUGAGAGCAACUGAUUUGGACACAGAUAUAAGAUCUCAAGUAAGAUAUUCCAUCUCCAAUGGCAACUAUAGACACUGGUUCAAAAUAUCUGAUUUAACAGGCCUAAUCACUACCACUACAGAUGUCAUUGACUUUGAAAUUUUAAAAGAGCCUUUUAUUCUUUUAACCAUAACAGCCAGUGACCUUGGAACACCUGCCCUUAAAACAAACACAACUUUUAAUGUUACUAUUGAAAGUACAAAUGAUAAUUCCCCUGUUUUCAAUCAGUCAUUUUAUGCCAUAUCAAUUAACGAAACUGCACAAAUACACACAGUUGUCCUUAAAGUUGCUGCAAAGGAUCUGGAUCUUGGAAAAGAUGGGAAAAUAUUCUAUGAAUUUGUGUAUCCAUCUGCUUCAGUUAAGAAAUACUUUGAUAUUAACCGGUUAUCUGGGGAAAUUGUUCUUUUACACAAGCUGGAGUAUUCAUUAGAGAACACAUUCUCAUUUUAUGUCCAGGCCACAGAUGAAGGUAUUCCGUCUAGGUAUGGUAAAACUGAAGUUAGGAUCAAUGUUGCUGAUACAGAUAACCAUGCACCAGUUUUUGCAAUGAGGCAACUCUAUUUAAAUGUUCUUGCUUCAAAAUCUCAUGGAUACAUUGACACGCUGACUGCAGUGGACCUUGAUUCUGGUGUCUUUGGACAAAUACAAUACAGCAUUGUAGCAGGUAGCUGUUGCAGUUUCUUUGUGAUUGAUCCACUAACUGGUGUUUUGAAUUCUACAAUGCUUUUGGCUACUGGAAGUAAAUAUGAUUUCAGUGUUAAUGCUGUAAGCAAUGGACAAUCUGCAACAGUCUCUGUUAAACUGAAUGUGUUACAAAAUUUUUCUUUGAAUCCAACUUUUGAGCGAGAUCACUUUUCAUUUAACGUUGAUGAAAAUGUAAUUGGGAAGUAUGUUGGGAAGGUGACAUUGGCACGUUCUGAACAGUUGCAGAUCAACUAUUAUAUUAUUGCUGGAAACAGAUUUGAUGUUUUUAGAAUCAAUAAAAAUGGAGAAAUAUUUACUAAAAAAGCUAUUGACAGGGAAAAAAUGACCAAAUCUGAACUAAUUAUUGGUGUGUGGACAAAUGAAUCAAAUUUCCAUACAGCAAAAACUGAAGUGACAAUUUGGGUUAAUGAUCUGAAUGACAAUGCACCAAUUUUAUCAAAACAGGUUUUAAGGGACUACACUGUUAAUGAAAAUGCCAGAAUUGGAAGUGAAAUUUUUGAUUUAAAUGCUGUUGAUUAUGACACAGGUGCUAAUGGAGUUGUGAGGUAUUCAAUCAUUGAGCCAUCUGAUGGUAUAUUUGAAAUCGAUCAAUCAACUGGAGCUGUUUACUUGACUAAGAAUUUGAUGAACAGAAAAAACCCUGAAAAGUUUGUGCUUACCAUCCAGGUUUCAGAUAUGGGAACACCAAAGCAGGUUCGAAAUGCAAAAUUUACAAUAAGGCUUGUUGACCUUAACAACCACAUUCCUGUGCUAUCAGCGUCAUAUUACAGUGUAAUUAUUCCAGGAAAUCUAACUGUAAACAGCCGCUUCUUAAAACUUAGUUCAAAUGACUAUGACUAUGAAGGAAAUGGAAGAGUUUUAUACAAAAUUUCAAGUGGCAAUGUUGGACAUACAUUUGGUGUGUUUCCCAGUGGCUGGAUCUACUUGAGAACAUUGUCUUUAAGUGACCAAAUUGAUUAUUUUUUACUUAACGUAUCUGCAUUUGACCAAGGAAAUCCCAAAAAAUCAAGUUCUGCACAAGUUUCAAUUUUUGUUCAGCAACAGGGAGCAAAAAGGAGCAUAUUUAAAGAGCCUGUUGUGUAUUCAGUUUUGAAGGAAAACAGCCCACCAAACAUUUCUGUUGCAAAUAUGAGUGAUAACCUUGUAUCUGGAAACAGCAUGAUAUCUUUCAAAUUUGGAAGUUUACUACCAUUUUUAUCUAUCAACAAAAGAGAUGGUGUUAUAAAGGCAAAUCAAAGUUUGGACAGAGAGCAGAUAUUCUUAAGUUAUGGCCAUGAAAAUUUAACUGUCUUAGUACUUGCAGAGCAACAGAGUGGCAAUGUAGUUAAUAAAGAAAGCUGUAUUCUGAUGAUCACACUUCAAGAUGAAAAUGACAAUGGGCCUGUAUUUGAAAAACAAGUUUAUAGUGCAACUGUUAUAGAAACAACUGCCCCUGGAACUUCUAUUUUGAAAUUUCAUGUUGUUGAUAGAGAUGGCAAUGAAAAUUCUGCGACCAUUUAUGAAAUGUGGCCUAGCCAAACAUUGUUUACUAUAGACAGAGGUACUAGUACAAUUCUUUUGAAAUCAGGACCAAUCACUCCUCAACUGGAUUAUGAAAGAAAGGAUAAAUAUAACUUCACAUUAAUUGCAAAAGAUGGAAAAAAUACUUCUUUAUCUUCGACAUGCCAAGUUCAUAUCUACGUUUCUGAUGCAAAUGACAAUAAGCCUGUUUUCAAUGGUGCAGUGACGUCAUUGUUUGUGAGUGAAAGUACUGUUGUUGGAACAACAAUUUCCACUUUUAAUGCCACUGACAAAGAUUCAGGGGAGAAUGGCUUUGUAGUGUAUUAUUUGACGUCAAGUUCUGUCAAGGGAACAUUUGCAAUUAACCCUUACACUGGAGAACUGUACACUAUUGGCGAACUUGAUUAUGAGACAAAGCAAAUGUACUUUGUUGUAAUAACUGCCAGUGAUCGUGGAACGCCAUCUUUGCACCAAAAUAUAAGUGUGAGAAUUGAUGUGACAGACUCGAAUGAUCACUACCCGCAAUUCAACCCCGAGCCGUCGAUUAUUAUUGUUCCAGAGGAUGCAGCGUUGUCUUCAGUGAUUGGUCAGUGCUCUGCUUCAGACUUGGACUCUGGCAGCAACAAGGUUAUUCGAUACACUGCAAUUGAGCAAGGUCCUGUGCAAAACGCCUUUAAAGUUGAUCCAGUGAAUUGUCAGAUUUCUUCUCAAAUUCAGUUUGAUAGAGAGAAACUUGAUUCUUAUUUUUUAAUAAUUCAAGCAGCGAACAAUGCUUCAGACGCAACAAAGCGACUUACAAGUACAAAGAAUGUUACCAUCAGCAUUGCAGAUGUCAACGAUAAUACACCGGUCUUCCUGCCGCCAUUUGGUGCAGGAUUCACACGUACCACAUCAACAGGUUGGGAAGUCAUGACAGUUGCUGCUUACGAUCUAGAUGAAAGUGUCAAUGGAACAGUGAGGUAUUCAAUAAAUCGUAAGUUUGAUCAUGCUUGUUUUUCUGUUAACGCAUUGACUGGAAAGUUGACAGUAAUAGCACCACUUUCAUCUACCAAGAACGUGUUCCAAAUUGAAGUCAUGGCAAGUGAUCAAAGUUUACAAAACAGGAAAUCUUCUAAUGCUCUAUUUUAUUUAUUCGUUUUCGGCUCACCAUCAAACGCUCCAACUUGCAGCAAGGGACGUGUUAAUUUAGCUGAGAAUGUUGUGCAUGGUACAAAUGUUUUCAGUCUCAAUGCAGUUUCGAGGCAAAGCAAUUCACAGAUGCUAUAUAUCAUAAAAUCUGGAAACACUGACAACGCCUUCUUUCUUAAUUCUUCAACCGGUCUGAUUACAAGCAGGAAAAUGAUCGAUUUUGAGCUUGGACCAAGGCAGUAUAAUUUAGUUGUUUAUGCUAUUGAAAAGUCAAGUUCGGUACCAAUGACUGUAGAAUGUGAAGUUCAAAUUGAUAUUCAAGAUGUAAACGACAAUGCACCUGUAUUUACUGAUGCUCCAAAAGAAAUAACUGUUAAAGAAAGCCAAAGUGUGGGAUCAGAACUGUAUGUGUUUAAAACUAUUGAUAUCGAUUCUGGAGACUUCCGUGUUGUCAAAUACUCAAUAAUCGAUGGGAAUAGUGCUUCAGUGUUCUCGCUUGGUGCAUCUUCAGGAAGACUUACGCUCAGCAGGCAAUUAGACCGUGAAACGACGGAGUUUUACAACUUGUUGGUGCAAGCAAGUAAUGAAGGGAGUCGUAAAACAGUUACGCGGGUGAGAAUAAAAGUUGCUGAUAUAAACGAUAAUACGCCAAGUUUUGGUACAAGCUAUUAUAUUUUCACCAUAAAAGAAAAUAGUCCACAUGGUACUCUUGUGGGGCAGGUGACUGCUGUUGACAGCGAUUCCGGUCGCAAUGGAGAAGUUUACUAUGAAAUAUUGAACAAAAGCCCAGAUACAUUCGUCAUUGAUCACUCAAGUGGAAAAAUUUGGCUAACUGGAAACGUUGAUUAUGAGUCCAUUCAAACGUUUAUCCUAGAUGUGAAAGCAACGGAUUACGGAACACCAAAGCUCUCGAAAACUGUGCCUGUUUUUGUUAAUAUAGCCGAUGUUAAUGACAAUUGCCCAAUAUUUUUAAAGAAGGAUUACAUAGUUUCUGUAGAAGAAAACUUGCAGGCAGGUGUGUUAGCAGUCGGUGUUCACGCCACAGAUAAAGACAGUGGUUUAAAUGGCGUCGUUACAUAUCAGAUCACUCACGGUAAUGAUUUUGACAGUUUUGGAAUUGAUAGCAAAGGAGAAAUACGAACAAGAAGAGCUCUUGACCGCGAAGAAAAAGCUGUUUUCAUUUUACUGGUAAAAGCAGUUGACUCUGGACUAAAGAGCGAAAGAAAAUGCAUGUCAUACGCAAGAGUCACUGUUCAUGUUUUGGAUGUAAACGAUAACCCACCUGUCUUAAUAAAUUCGAACUUGGUUAGCAUUCCUGAAAGCUCUACAGUUGGGUCUAUAGUUUACACAUUUGAUGGAUUUGAUAAAGAUAAUGGUAUAAAUGCAACAGUCAGGUAUGCUGUUAUUGAAUCAAAUGAUGCCGGCCACACUUUCGAACUUAUGGAAAAUGGAAGCCUGUUGCUUUUGUCUCGACUUGAUUUUGAGGCUAGAAAAGAAUACAAAAUGCGAAUUCGUUUGUCAGACAGUGGAAAUCCAGUGAUGGUGUCAGUUGCUAAUGUUACUGUAGCGGUUACUGAUGUUAAUGACAAUAACCCAGUUAUUCUGCAUCAUGCUUUGUCAAUAUCAGUUUUGGAAAACACUAUGAUUGGCAGUACUUUGAUUGAAUUAACGUCACGUGAUUUGGAUUCUGGUGAAAAUGCGCGCCUGGCUUAUAGUAUUCUAACUGGAAAUCUCAAUGAUACGUUCAGCAUUGAGCCAGAGUCAGGUAUUUUGUAUUUGGAAAAAUCGCUUGAUCAUGAAGUUAACACGCGUUAUUCUUUGGAAAUCGAAGUUAAAGACCACGGUGUACCACAAAGACGAGGCCUAACAACAUUGAGUAUUGUAAUCGGAGAUGUUAAUGAUGUGCCACCCAGUUUUAUUUCAACGAGUUACAACAUUAGCGUGAUGGAGAACACUCUAAUCCCUAAUGUUUUGGUCCUUCAAGCGAAUGAUAAGGAUUCUGGCAAGAAUGGUGAAAUAAUUUAUAGCAUAGAGAGAUCAAAGGUAUCUAAGUUCUUUUCCAUUGAUCCAAACAAUGGGAGUCUUUCCAUAGUCAAUGCAUUGGACAGAGAAUCUUUCAGUCUGGCUAAGCUAACAGUACUGGCAAGAGAUAACGGUUUUCCGUCGCUUACUGGAAGGACAACAGUUUUUGCCAAUGUUCUUGAUGAUAAUGAUAAUUAUCCUGUGAUUCAACCAGAUAAUUCCACCAAGCAUGUACGAGAAAACCUAAAUGGAAAUGUUGAGGUACAAAGAUUGAAGGUAACUGAUCUUGAUAAUGGAGUCAACUCUACUGUAGACAUCAGUCUUGUGAGUGAUUUUGGACGUUUUCAAAUAAAAAGGAUUGGUAAUGAGUAUGUUGUAUCCACAACAAGAGGACUAGAAAGAGAAGAUCCACUUUCAUCUACAAAUACAGAAUAUUAUCGUUUGGAAAUUAAAGCUGCAGACAAAGGCAAUCCAAAACGAACUUCAUCUGCUGUCAUUCGUGUGUUUGUUGACGAUGAUAAUGACUCUCCUCCUGUUUUCAGCAAGAAAAGAUACGAAGUAAAAACCCAGUUCAAUUCACCUGUAGGAACUUUCGUCACUCAGUUACAGGCUACCGACAGAGAUACAAUCUCAAACUCAAGAAUGGAAUAUUCUAUUGUAUCUGGGUCUUCACACUAUGUUAGUGUAGAAGCUCUUACUGGCGUUAUUGUAACAAGAACAAGAAUCCCCAUAGGCACGACGUUUGAGAUCCAAGUUGAGGUAAGAGAUCCAACAAAGGCUUCUUUCAAAGACACAACAACUGUUGCCAUAACUGCAGCUACUGGCUAUCCAAAGUUUACUCAUGGUGGCCUGUAUGAUUCGAUAUCAGAAAAUGCUGUCAUUGGUACAACCUUGAAAAUAGUUAAUGCUACAAGUGAUGAUGUGGGACCUGCUGGAAAGAUUUAUUAUUACAUUCAUUCUGGCAAUGAUGGAGCAGCAUUUUCUAUAGGUCAUAUCUCUGGAAACGUGAGUGUGAACAGGGAAUUGGAUUAUGAAACUAAGAACAUUUACUCGUUGUGGAUUGAAGCUCGAGACAGUAAAAACCCUCCGUUGUCAGCUUUUGUUAAGUUGGUUAUAACAGUCAGAAAUGAGAAUGACUCAGCUCCUAUCGUCACAAGUCCUACAGCGCCAAUUUUGUUCAUAGAGAACCAAGGCAGCAAUGCAUUGGUUACACGUGUUAUUGCUUCUGACAUAGACAAUCCAUCAAUGACCUCUAGAUUGCGUUUUGAACUAGGAGCAAGUGCAAGUACCUUACCAUUUGUUAUUGACAGUAUCAAUGGAGAAGUCAGGGCAACAAGAACUUUGGACAGAGAAGAAAAGAAACAGUAUACACUACCUGUUAUUGCGUAUCCUGUUGGACAGCGAUCUCUAUCAACAGCAACUAAUGUUAUCAUAGAUAUUGGGGACUUGAAUGACAACCAACCCGAAAUACACAGUCCAAAAAACAUCAAUGUAUCUGAGACACUCCCUGUCAAUAGUGAAGUGAUGACGUUGAACGUGACUGAUUCUGAUGAGGGAGCAAAUGGACAAGUGACGUUUCAUCUCAUUUCAAGCGUUUUCAGCAUCACUCUCAACACUGGUCGCAUAACACUAAUCAAAGCCCUAGACAGGGAGACCCAAUCGUCAUAUAUGUUGUCAAUUUCAGUUAGAGACCCAACCUACCAGAAAAUAUUCAACUUGAAAGUAACUGUUACUGAUAUCAACGAUUCCCCGCCGUACUUUUCACCACCGAUAAUUUUCAAAGAUGUUCUUGAAAGCACGAGAGUUGGACAGGUAUUUGGAACAGUCUCUGCCCAGGAUAAUGACUACGGCAUCAACACUUUGUCUUUUUAUCAUAUUGAGCCACGAUCUGGGCGUGGCUAUAUUGCUAUCGAUCCGUACACUGGCUCGUUGAGCCUCAAACGACAGGUGAAUUAUACAAAGAUUGCAGCUGGUGAAAGCAAUAGCAAAAAUGUCCUCCAGUUUACAGUGAAAGCAAGAAAUACUCAACCACCAUUCCUUGUUGCCAGUGGUACGUUGUUUGUUCGUAUUGUCGAUGCAAACGACCACAUGCCUGUGUUUUCAAGUAGCAAGUAUACAGCAUUCGUGGAGUCAACAUCAAGUAUUAAUCACGUUGUAGCUGAGGUCUCCGCAGUGGAUAAUCUUGAUACAGGUGUCAAUGCUGAAAUAGAGUACUUUAUUGUAGGCGGUAAUGGCUCAAGUCAGUUCAAACUCGAUGGAGCGAAAGUGCGAGUAAAAUCUGUACUGACGUCAUACGUGAAUAAGAUGUUAGAAGUUUUGAUCCAGGCUAAAGAUUUAGGUACACCAAGACAAACAUCAACGGCAACAUUACAUGUUACUGUCACUGAAGAAAAUAAGUACUCGCCUGUAUUUAGUAAGAGCACCUACGAAAAACAGAUUCCUGAAAAUCAGCAGGUUUUCAAAGAGUUACUUACUGUCCUAGCACGGGAUGAGGAUACUGGUGACAACGGAUUACUAAGGUAUACUGUUGCAAGUGGAAACCUUCAUGAGACAUUUGCCAUUAGCUCAAAUAACGGCUCACUGUAUCUUAUCAAACCUUUGGAUUAUGAACAAGUGAGUUCAUAUAAUCUAAGAAUCAAUGCCUUUGACCACGGUAAAGUCAAUAUUCGCAGCUCAAGUGCUGUUGUUCGUGUCAUUGUCACUGAUGUAAAUGACAACUUGCCUGUAUUUUCAUUGAAAAGUUAUGAAGCUAAAGUGAAAGAAAACGUCCCAUCUAACACAUUUGUCAUUCAAGUACUGGCUACUGACAAAGAUUCACCUCCUGGCAACACAGUAACAUACGAUAUUUCAAGUCCAUUAGGUCGUCGCUAUUUUGCUAUUGAUUCAGCAAGUGGCAUUAUUAGAACAAGAACUAGCAUUGACUAUGAGCAGAAUUCCUUUUUUGACAUAAAAGUACUAGCUACAGAUAAUGGUUCGACAAAAUUGUCAUCAAGUGUCAAUGUAAACAUAACUGUUGAAGGAGUAAAUGAGUUCAAUCCACGGUUUACAAAGAAAUCAUACAAUUUUUCGAUUUCUCAGUUUUCUGCAAUCAACAGCAGUGUGGGAACAGUGUUUGCUGUGGAUAAAGACAAUGGUGUUGAUGGUGUUCUUGUUUACCUGCCAAAAUUUUCAUACGAAAAGAGUUUUUUCAGCUUGGAUAUGGCUAGUGGAGUUCUGAAGGUUCGCAGAAAAUUGGAAAUUGGACGGUAUGUGCUGCCAAUUUUUGUUAAAAAUGAUAUUAGACCUGUUUCAUCCCCAAGUGAAAUUGACGAAGCAGUGAUACAUGUAGAUGUCAAGCCGUUAAACAUACCACCCAUGUUUUCAUCUUCACAUUAUACAGUCAAUGUUGUGGAGAGUUCUGUCAUUGGCAAGUCAGUUUUUACCGUUCUUGCUACUGAUACCGAUGCAAAGUCUGGAGGAGCUAUAACCUACGAAAUUACAAAGCAGUCACCCUUUGAAGCAUUUAUUAUCAACAAAAGAACUGGCUUAAUCACUGUUAGCUCUGCAAUCGACCGUGAGCAAGUAGCGAACUUCAUUGUCACAGUUAAGGCUGUAGAUAGCGGAUUGCCGCCUGCAUCAAACACUACCUCAGUGUCAAUCAAAAUACUCGAUGCUAAUGAUAACAAGCCAAGCAUCUCCAACUGCGACGGUAUGGUCCAGGAGAAUGCGACAAUCGGUACAAUUGUUACAGUGGUUGCUGUACGUGACAACGACAUCGAUCCAAACAAAGGACCAUUUGUUUUCAGUAUACAAGGCAGUCAGCCUUUCAGAAUUAAUGCAAAAGGUGAAUUAUCAGUUAGUUCCGCUUUGGACAGAGAAGCUACAGCAGCCUAUAAUUUGUCAAUCGACGUGACGGACAAUGGCUCUCCUCCACAGAAGUCAAGAGCGCACUGUAUCAUUACAGUACUAGAUGUAAGUGACGUCACACCAAAGCCGAGAAAUGCUUCCGUCAUCAUCAAUACCCUUGGCUUGUACCCCUCUGGUGGACUAAUUGGAGAUUUAUCACCGAAAGACCCAGACACCACUGAUAUGUAUGCUUGCUCAUUGGAUCAUGUUGCGUCUUUGUUCCAUUUCGAAACGUCUUCAUGCCAGCUUCAUAUUGCAUCGCACAGAACUGCUGAAAAAAGGCACCUGAACUUCACAGCACAGACACAUGGCAUUACCGUUAAGGACUCAGUGUAUAUUGAUCAUGUGCUUAUUGCAAAUGCUACUGCCAACAAAACCAUGGUAUUAAGACUGCAUGGCAUCUCGAAAACAGUAACAGAGUUUACUAAUGAUAUGGUUCUCCGCCUUAACAGCGCCUUAGAAGUAAUUUCUCCUUCAUCAAAAGUUAUCCGUGUUAUUGGCUACAUGAGACAAACCCCGAAUACGAUUGACAUGCUUGUUAUUCAACAAGAUAGAGCUACGUUUGCUGCAGGAGCAAUUUAUGGUCUUGAAAGCAGAAUACUUGGAAGCAGGUCACAACUUCAACAAGUAACUGGUGCCUCCCAUAUCGAAGUACCGUACAAAGCAUGCACCUCGUCGGGAAUUUGCAAUAAUAAUGGUACGUGCUAUGAAUUGAAGGAAAUUGGAAACAAUCCAGUGACUUGGAACUCUGAAAAGCUUGUAUUUAUUGGUGUGUAUUUCGAGGCCACUUUUGCUUGCCGUUGCAAACCAGGAUUUUACGGGCGUCGUUGUGAAAAAAUGUCAUCUGGUUGUGUCCCAAAUCCAUGCAGAAACGGUGCAGUGUGUUUAGAGACCCGCGUAUCUGGAGUAUUAGCACGUCACUGCGAAUGCAGGAAAGGCUUUACUGGCAGUUUCUGUGAAGAUGACGUCAAUGAAUGUCUGGCAUCACCAUGUCAGAACAGUGGUAAGUGUGUGAACACCAACGGAGGUUACCAGUGCCAAUGCGCAGCACGGUUUACUGGAAAAAACUGCGAGAGUACUAUCGAUUUUUGCAAACCAAACCCGUGUUUGUUCGGUGGAAUAUGCAGUUUGACUGAUGUUUCCUUUAAAUGCACAUGUAAGUUCGGGAGUUUGGGAAGAUUCUGUGAAAUCAACCCAAUGACUUUUUCAGCUUUAUCGUACCUAUCUACAAAUCAAGGCGUUGUCCCACAACAGGCACUCAAUGUCUCUCUUGAUUUUGCAACUUACGACAAGCAUAGUCUCCUGAUGUAUGGAUUUCAUAGAACAGAAGAAGGAGCGAUGUCACCUUUCGUUGCGCUGGAGGUUAUCAACAGCAAACUGCAGUUUUCGUACAAUUUUGGCAGCAGAAUUCGUAGAUUAUUAGCAGAUGCUGUGGCAGUUUCCGAUGGUGAAUGGCAUUCAGUUUCAGUCUUUCUUUCCAGCCAGGUCGCAAUGCUCAAAGUGGAUAAAAGUAUCAAGCAAGUUUCUUUGAAUGAGGCUAGCCAGUCACCUGACAUAGGUGGUGCCCCUUUAUACGUGGGAGGUGUUCCAUCGAUCGAUCCAAUACUAAAAAGGCCCAAGCAAGUCUCUACUGAUGACUUCACAGGAUGCAUGAGAAAUGUUUAUAUCAACGCAUACCACCUCGAUCAGGCGACAUCUUUCAAGUCGCAUUACGUCACGAGCGGGUGUUCCAAAGCUGCUAGAUGUACGAGCAGUCCAUGCAAGAAUGGCGAGUGUAUAGAAGGCUGGGGAGGCGCCCAGUGUCAUUGUAAAGCAGGGUACUCUGGCGAUUCUUGCAGCGAAGUUGCCAAACCAUUCACAUUUGGUGGAUCCUCCUUCGUCACAUUUAAAUUGAAAGACAGCUACAGACGUAAGAUGCAGCUAGCUUUGGCAACAGCCUCGACCCGGAAGCGCAGGUCAGUGGCUGAUGGCUCGCCAGCCCCCAAUUCGUUUCUGAUUGAAUUCAGGACUCGCGAAAAGAAUGGAUUACUUAUGUAUGCUGUUGAUGUUACUGGCAACUUCACCGUAUUGCACAUUAAAGACGCAAUCAUACACUACAAGUUCGAGUUGAAAAACGGGGAAUCUGGUGCGCUGGUUAUUAGUAAACCUGAAAUCACUGACGGUAACUGGCACAACAUCUCAUUGAAUGUAAGUGACAGAACAGUGUAUUUAGCUCUUGACGACAAAAGAAUCGUGCAAAGCUCUUUCCAAGUUUUUCCACAUAGAUUCUAUUCUACAUACACAGAUGCUGUGUCGAUCGCAGGAACACAGACUCCCAAGUACAUCAAUGGCAAACUUUUGCCUAAAUUCAAGGGGUGUUUGAAUCGCAUUUCUCUGAAUAACGAAAACUUAGCGUCCGCGUCGUCUGAGAAAUUCAACGUGACAAGAGUCGGGCCGGUAACUAAAAGCUGCUCCGGCCGUGAAGUUUGUAAACCGAAUCCAUGCACGGACCCGGCGAGGUCCUACUGCGUAGAUUUGUGGGAGAAGUAUGAAUGUGUGGAACCAGGCCAAUGCAACAACGCACCUUGUAAAAAUAAUGGCAAGUGCACUCCAAAUAGCGGUGGAUACAUCUGUAACUGCAAUGCGAACUUCACUGGUAAAAACUGCGAAACGCCUUUUGUUUGUUUGACGUCACCAUGUAAGUCAGGAGAAUCGUGUGUCGCUCAUAAAACCAAAGUAUAUGAAUGUGUAGCUGCACCACAACGGACGUCAGGUGGCUUAAGCUCUUCAGAAAUUGUUAUAAUAGUUGUUGUUGUAGUGAUUGGAAUAGCCUUGAUUCUUGUCGUGGUCUACUUCGUACGAAAAAGGCAGCCCUUCAAAACAAAGAAAAGUGACGUUACGGAUUCAGCCAUUGAAAUGAGGCACACAACAAGUGCGAAUUUCAGCAACCAUGGCUUUGAUUCAGAAUCAUAUCUUACGGAUGAAAAGGCGGCGCAAGAAAAGGUUGCUAAGGAGCAAGGUUUUGUAAACAGUGCUUUCAUAAAAGAUUCACGGGCUGAUGACUUGAAUUUGGUUUCAAGAAGAGGUGUCCAGUUUAUAAGCACUUCUCAACCUGCUUUUAUCCAGCCUCGAUCUCAUCGAGAGGCUGAAACAACGCAAGGCUCGAACAGAUCUUUACCAUUAAUGAAGUACCAGGAUGAUAUGCAUAUGGAAAUGAAGCGAAACGAACGAAUUCUCAAAGAUUUACGGGGAUUCAGCAAACCCGAUUCGCUAGCUCCAAGGAUAAACGAGCCUCAAUUUCGAGAAAAUAGACGCAGUAGCGAGAGACUGCAUGACCUCAAAGGAAGCUCGCAAUUUGGCACAGCCACGCCACCAUUCGAAAGCGGGUUCGAAUCGACUGGAAGUGACAUCGAUAGUGAGCAUGAUCAUGCCAGUUUGACUGACAUUGUAGAUGGCUCGUCCCAGCUAGAGCUAUACGAUUUGGAGGUCGCAAGUAUUGGAUUUAGCGAAAUGAGCUGGCAGAAUGACAAUAAUAGUUCUAAUUCGCGCGAUAUAAGGCGGGAUUUUAUUGAUAGACGGCUUGAUCGUCUUAGACAUCUUGUUCCACAGUUUAGUACGCAUGAUCAUGUUUCAACUGUAAGUGACCGGAACACUAGGAGUGAUCGAUUAAGUGAUCGUUUAAGCGAUUUAGUGGAACAAGACUCAUCAUCGGAUUCGGAUGGAUCCUUCACUGGAAGCGAAUAUGAGUACGGAGAUGAGAGAAUCUCAACUAAUAAACUCAACCGCAAGCAUCUAGUCUUCACCAAACAUCCACAGGCCAGUGAUAGCGACGCAGAAAGUAGCUUUAGGCCGCGAAGAAACUCGAUUAGUAGCUCUGUAACAAGUAUGACAGACGUUGGGAGUAUAAGAAACGUGCCUGUUUCGGAGCGAAGGGCUGCUGCUGGCGAUUCUAUACCUUCAAUUAAUUGGGACGAACUGUUAAACUGGGCGAUGAAAUACGAAAAUUUAGCAGACGUGUACAGGGAUAUUGCUGUGCUGAGUGAUAGUGACACGGAUUCAGAAAUUGUCUUGAAGCCUGAAAGGGUUUCAUCCGCAAGAGCUUCAGCCAGACAGUCAAGACAAAACGAACUUGUUCAAAAACCAGUUAAAUUUUACAGUGCACAAGAACUGCAUUCAGAACAAUAUGUUUAGUUUGUUCAGUUACCUUAUUUUUUAGAAAACACGUAGAGUUUAUAAAUUGUUUAAAUCAUCUAAAAGUUUCUGUGACAUUGCUUUAACGUUAAGUCGCCCUCUUUACUCUCCCAUCUUACAUAUGUCACGUUUUUGUGACAAUGAAGGGGGACUCUCCUAGACUUUUCUAAUCAAGAGGUGACACGGUUCGAUUUCAAUAAAUUUCUUCGAAUUUUCAUAUAUCAAAAAUACAUAAAAUAUGAAUGAACUUUGCAAAUGAAAUUUUUGGUAAAGGGAUUGUGCAAAUUAUUUUAUCACAAGUCGUUUUUCAUGAUGCAUUUCCGGUUGUUUGGGACAAAAUAUUUUGGGAGUUUUUAUUCAUGAAAAUCGAUGCUGUACGCAAAAGUAUGUAGAUUUGUUUCACUUCUUCAUUGAUGUUUUCGAAAAAGUAAAUCAGUAAAACUAUUUGCAAACGGAGAUGGGAUGACCUUGUUUAUUCUUAGUUCUAAAAGACAUCUUAGAUGAUGAACUCGUUAAUACUGUUUCUUGUCAGUUUCAAGUCACCUCCGUGGACAAGCUUCUUGCAAAAUUCACAUUUUGGUAUAUUUCUAUAUAUUUUGACUGGAUGGAACUUCGAAGGCCACAGAAACAGCCAAAGUUUAUAAAAUAACCAGAUUAUUUUGCUAUAGAGAAAGUCAAGGUACUUUUAACAUGCUUUAGAUUCCCAUUGUUGAUAUUAACCACGAGUCGAAUUUUGUGUCAAGAAAAGUUGUUAGAAAUGUUUUUCAUGGUUAGAUAUUAAGUGUAUUGAUUUUUCAUUCAUACAUUUGUAGUAAGUUUAGUACAAAUUUUAUAGCUUAGAUAUAUAAAUAUUCUUUUUGAUGAAAGAUAGAUUGUUGAUGUAUAUUUUGAUAAGAAGAUCGGAUUGAAAUUAUUGAAUAUAAUGAUUCUUAGAAUGCUGUAAAUUUUGUUAGUCAACUUUGUUUGAGUAUUAAAAUAAAUUUUUCAAAGAGUUGCUUUAUUUCAA